AUGCCACUUACUUCUACAGAAAGAUCAAGAAAAUGGCGGGAACGUCAAAAAGAAGACCCAGAGAGACACAGAAGAUAUCUUGAAAAAGAAAGAGACAGAUACAGAAAAAGAAAAAACAAAGGCGACAUAAAAGGAAUUGAAGAUAUGUCUGAAAGGGAAAAGAGGGUUACAAGAAAAUCAUGGAGGAAGAAUCGAAGAAACAAGAGAAAGAAAGAUAAAUUCAUAUUAGACGCAGUCAAUCGAACGGACACACCCCCAAAUUCCCCUACAGGAACGAUGGAAAGGAGACCAGACACAAGCACAAGAGGAAGAAAAAAAGUUCGAAAAGAUAGAGCCAAAGCAUAUCGGGAAAUCAAACAGAUGAAAGUAAAACUCGCUUCGGUGGAGAGGAGGGUUGAAAAAUAUAAGAAAAGAUUACAAAGAAUGAAGAAAAACAAUACCCCAAGAUGCACAGAUUCUCCAAGAUCGAAAACUGAUCAACUUUUAGGGGAACAGAAUGUUACAGAAGAAGUUAGACGUACUCUUCUAUUUCAUCACACUGUAGUCAGAAGCAUAAAAGAAAAAUACAAAAACUCAAAAAAGCAGAGAAAUCGACAGAUCAUAGCAAAUGUGGUAUCAUCAAAACUUCUUCGGAAGUACCGCUUAAAAAAGUUUGCUUUUAAGCAAUUGGCAUUUAAUCGAUGCAGGAAGAUACGAGACGGAAUAGACAAAAAAGAAAAGUACAGAGAAAUCGCCGUAUAG